GCCAGAUUUGUUUACAUGCGACAACCACAAAAAAAUAUUUUAAGAAACAAUAGAUUAACCUAAUCAGUCAUGACUCAUUGAUCAGAUUAAAGUGCCUCAUGGGUAAACUAUUCAGUAAGAACAAGGGCCCCAAGCACCAAGCUCAAGGCUUUGACAGUAUUGAGGGAGGGAUGAAGUCUCGUUCAAAUCGCCAUGAAGAAUCCAGGCAUGGCAAGUAUGAUGCAGGUGUUCCUGCAGAGAUACAUGCUGGCAAUGGUCCAGUCCACUCAGAUUCUGUGGUCAGCCUGGCCAAGAUACAGCCAGGGCUUUGCUUGUCUGGGAGCAAGGACAAGACGAUAGUUCUGUAUGACUACCACAACCACCGGCUAGAGGACAGAUGGACAGGACAUGAUCGAGAAAUCACAAAGGUUUGCUAUGGUAUUCACUGUAGAGGAGUGUUCAGUGCGUCCCGGGACAAGACAGUUAAACUGUGGCACAGAGGGCAUGCCAGCCCGAUCAGGGAGUUCAACAGACAUGAACUGGUCGUUUCAGCCAUAGAUUUAAACAAAGACAACAGCCUGCUGUGUAGCGGGUCUCGUGACAACACAUUGAAACUGUGGGACGUGGAGACAGGACAGUUUCUCAGAGAAAAUAAGACAUCCAGAAAUCUAGUCACAGAUGUGAAGUUUGUAGCCGAUAGUCACCUUCUAGUCCAGACUGGGGAAGAUAAAGAAGUCAGGUUGUUUGACACACGGACGAUGUCAAUCACCCACAACUUCCCCCGCAAACAGUACAUCCAGAUGUGUUGUGAUGUUAGCCCUGACGGAAACUACUGCCUCACGUGUAGUAACGGUUUUGGUGGCAAUGGGUGUGAAGCUACGCUAUGGGAUCUGCGAAGCCUACAGAUUAUUCAGGAGUACCACGGUCACUCUGAGGCGCUGGAGUCGUGUAUAUUCCUCCCAUCCCCCGGUGAUCGCCCGCUACUGGCAACCUCUUCCCGGGACUGUUCAGUUCGCGUCUGGGAUCAAAACUCACGAGCAUGUAUUGCCCAGUGUACCAUCAGCUGUUCUGGCCCCCUCACGUCACUUAUAGCAUAUGAAGAUAACAGCAUUUGUGUGUCAAGUUUCAAUGAAGGAAUCCAUGAGCUGAAAUUAUAUCCCAGUGAAGGAAGACUAGUACAACGGACUAGGUUCUAGUGUCGAACAACCAUUACCUGUCAGGUUAAAGCCAACAGGGUGUGGUGUAAAACAACAUGCCACAAUGUUCCAGUGUAAAACAUGCCACAACGUUCUACUGUAAAACAUGCCACAGCUUUCUAGUGUAAAACAGGCCAAAACGUUCUACUGUAAAACAUGCCACAACAUUCUAGUGUAAAAAAUGCCCGAUGAUUUAUUGUUUAACAAGUCUCAAUGUUCUAAUGUAAACCAUGCCACGUUGUGCCAUUGUAAACCAUCCACAAUGUUGAAGUGUGAACAUGCCACAAAAAAUGACAUUGUGCCAGUGUAAAACAACAUAACCAGAAGAUUCAAAUGUGAAAAACAUGCCAUACGUUACUAGUGUAGAUCAUGCCACAAUUUUCUAGUGUUAAACAACAUACCAGAUGAUUCUAGUGAAAAACAACUUUACAAGAAGAUUUAAAUACAAAAAAGAUGCUAUAAGAUUCUAGUGUAAAGCAACAUGCUGUGUGAUGCUGGUGCGAAACGUAUUGCCAUACAACAUGUUGGAUGAUUGCAAUGUAAAACAUGCCAUAAGACUAGUGUUAAACAUGGUAACACAUUGGACGGUUCUGGUGCAAAUAUGACAAAAGAUUGUGGUGUAAAACAACAUGUGGGAUGGUUCAGGAGUGCCUAAGGCUGUUUGAAAUAACCAUAGCUGUUUGAAGUGCCCAAGGCUGUCUGAAGUCCCAAUACAGCUGACAUUAUGUGUUGAACAAUAUGCUACAAGGUUGUAAACCACAUGUCAGGAUGUUUCAAUCCAUUCCAAUAUAUUCCAGUGUUGAACUGUACUUUGAAACCUUCUGUGAUUUAUUUUAUUCCCUUGUUUAAAGUUCAGGGGGUACAGUUUUGCAGUCUGUGGUAAAUGCUUUUAGAUGUGUAGAAUAUUUGGGGCAGUGGGAUAACCAAUUUCAUAGGAAGCUCAUGAUGUUUUGUACUAUUCAAUGUCACAAAAGACAAGAAGACCAUCAGUCCUUUACCACCAAGAAAAGAUCUCACCACCCUCAGGCCUUCAUGUUGAAGUAUACAUACAGACUGGUGUUGUUAUUUGGAUAAAUGUCUAUGUUUUGAGCAGAAUCUCAAAUGUGAUAUUAGACUGACAGGUUAAUUUAAAAAAAAUAAUGCUGUUUUCCAAAAAAAUACAUAAUAAUUUAUAAUUUAGUUAAAGUUACUCAAACAUAUAUUCAAAAACAUUAACUUUGUUUUGACAUUACUUAAAAACAAUUGAAGAGUUUGUAACGAAACUUAGUAUGAAUACAUGUACAUACAUUGACAAUUCAAAUAUAUAUGUAUUCAGCAAGUUCCAUUACUAAGGCUGACUAAUUUCUUAACUAAUUAGAUUUUUUUAACUUUUUCCAUUAAUCCAUACUAAAAUUAAAAGAAAAGAUGAAGUGUUUUUAUCAUAAAAGUAUGUAUUUUCAAUAAAUCAAUGGAAAAAUAAAGUUAUUCAGAUAUUAUUAGGUUAUAAAAUCAUAUGUCACCAGUGAGAUUCUAUAAAGUAAGGAAAUGGCUUGACUGGGCUUAUGAUUAGGAACAGUCUGAAGUCCAAGUCUAGACUCAGACUCAGAAAAGCCCUUUUAUUAAAUUACUAAAAAUCAUCUUUAUUCUAUUGGUUAUGCAAAAAAAAAUGUAAAGAACUUAACAUUUUUAAAUAGAAAUACAAUUCAGCAAAUUUCAUCAUGAAUACUCAACUAGAAAUAAGGUUACAAUGAAAUGAAGAGUUGCAGUGUUGCCACGUGAGUCUGAACUCAUCCUUGAGACUGUUUGUAAACAUGACCCCAGGCCCAGAGAAAUGGAGGACAAUAGAUUUGUGCAUCUUGUGGAUUUCUUUUACUUAUUUUAGGUAUUUGCAAUUGUUUAUGUAUUGUUGUAAUUAAUUUAAUAUUUAUUGCUUGUGUCUUUCAUUAUUUCUCUAACAUUCCUAUGUUUUGGACGGUAUAUAGUAAUCUAACUAUCUGUUUGUCCAAACCGUUUCCUAUCAAAAACUAAAGAACUCUUGUACAUAAGAACCUCAAACUUGGUAUACAGAUAGGUGAUGACCAGCAGAUGACUCAUAUUGAUUCUUAGGUCAGUAAGUCAAAGGUCAAGGUCUUGGUGAAUUAUUUCCAAUCAAUUUGCAGAACCUUUUCCUUUACAAAGUUUGGAACAAGAAGAAAGAGUCAAAUGAAAAUUGCAUGCAAUCCAGUCAAACUACACAGCUUUGUAGAGCGUCUCUUGAAAGCAAUUGACAAGAUAAAUUGGAUCAAACCUUUUAUAUAUAUAACAUAUAUGUCAUUUACUAAUGGCUAUCCAUCUGACAAGGCCCAUUCAGGGGCACUUGUCACGUUCAGUGACAGUUGAUGAAAACAAUUUCCAAAAGUCGGUUUUAAAAUUAGAACAUUAAAGUCAAUGAAAUUGCUUUAUUACAUUUAAAAGCCAUUAUAUGGUUGUUAAGAUGGACCCUUGUAAGUGUUUGAUGUUGUAUUGGAUGAAAAUUAAAUGAUUUAAAAUACA